GGCGAGGGAGAAGUGGCGGACGCGGACCGCCAAUAGGCCUGCGGGAAGGGCUGACGGGCAUGCGCCUAGCCCAAUAGGAGAGCGGCAGCAGUUAAAGGGCCGGCGACCCGCAGGGGAGAGUUGGGCGCAGGAAGCCUGACAAAUAGGAAAAUACUACAAAGUGAAGAUAAAAUUCACUUCACGAGAACUGAGCUCUGCUUUCAUUGGCUUUUAAAUGUUAUUUGUGUUAAUAACUGAUUAGUGUCAUAUCAUCUCUGUAAUCUCCUGUGGUGAAAUUACUAGGUUAAAGCUGGAAAAAAUGAAACAAUUAAAAAGAAAAAGAAAAAGCAAUUUUAGUGUUCAGGAAACUCAGACUCUCCUUAAGGAAAUCAGAAAAAGGAGAGACGUACUCUUUUCAAAGCAACUUAAUACAACAAUUAAUGAAAUGAAACGGAAGGCUUGGGAGGAAAUAGCAGAGUGUGUAAAUGCUGUAGGUGAAGGAGAGCAAAGAACAGGGACAGAAGUAAAAAGGCGAUACCUUGACUGGAGAGCACUCAUGAAGAGAAAACGUCUGAAUGCGAACAUCAAAGUUGUAGGUGCUGGGUUUCACCUUCCUUCAUCCAAUUUAGAUGACUCUCUCAAUGAAGACAUGGAUGAGAAAAUGGGAUUUGCAAUUGAAUCUAGUUUUGAAUGGCAAAAUAUCACUGACUUCAGAGAAGCUGGUGGAUCUUUAACAGAAAUCAAAGUAGAAGAGGAAGAGGAGGAUCCGCAGAAUUUUGAAUUUCCUAUUGAGGAAGAAGAAGAAAUUUUGUCAUCAGUUUUGCCAGAUUCGAAAAAGGAAAACGACCUACCAGAGUUCCCCCACAUUGAAGAGUUUGGAAACCUAAGCUCUGCUCAGGCCAGGCUAGCCUAUGAAGAUUCUCACUUGCUUAUAAAUCUGGAGAAGCAGAAAGUGGAGCUGGAGAAGCAGCGACUAGACAUCGAAGCUGAAAGGUUGCAGCUGGAGAAGGAGCGCCUGCAGAUCGAAAAGGAGCGGCUGCGGCACGUGGACCUGGAGCGCGAGAGACUUCAGAUCGAGAAGGAGCGACUUCAGAUUGAAUGGGAGAAACUCAGGCUGGAGACUCUGCACGCUGAAAAGCCUGCCCUGGAAAACGACCUCACCCAAACAGAAAAACCCAUUGUGCAGCCUCUGGAUCUAGAAACUGAAAAGUUAAAACUUGAAAAAGAACGUUUACAGUUGGAGAAAGAGAGGCUGCAGUUCCUGAAGUUUGAGUUGGAGAAGCUGCAGAUUGAGAAGGAACGCUUGCAAGUAGAGAAGGAGCGCCUUCGGAUUCAGAGAGAGGGUCACUUGCAGUGAGCUCCCCCACUUGCAGUGAACUUCUCCAAAGUGUCAACGUUAGUGUUUUGAUGUUUGUAAAAUAGAGGUAGUUCUGUUCUUUCUGUUCUUAAUACUGAAACUAUCCUAGAGGCUUAACAUUCUUCUGUUCAGAGUUGAAUGUUGUUGUUAAACUGAAAAAGGGGGGGAGGGGAAGGUUGGUGCUCAGUAUGUCGGUGUCCCUACAUAAAUGAGCUUGUGUGUGCAAUCGCUCUUCAAUGUGUCAGAAGUGUUAUGUUCUCUUGUCUUCAGUAUUGUGUUGUAUUAGUUUGGUGUCCUUCUCUCGUAGACACCUUGAUAAAAAUCAAGGCUGAACUUUGUACUUUUUUCACUGUACUAACAGUAAGGAAGGAUUAGAAUAAAUCAAGAUAUGUUGUGAGGGCAUGGUGCUGACGAUAGCCCACACAGUCAAUGAGUGUUAAGUUAGAACACAGUAGCACAGAAUCAUGAUGCAAUUGAAUCAUUAAACUUAAUUUCUCCUUUUUUGUUUUUUUCCACCCUCACAAUUAUAAAAAGAAUUACCUUAAAAGUUCAAGUUAAUUUCCCUCCAACUGCGUUUUACUGUUCUGUGGAUUGAACUGGAGUGUCGACAACAGUAUUCUUCCUUUUGCAUGAAGUAUUUGUGGUAGAUAAAGUUACCCAUCAAGCAUAGCUGCUAUUAACUGGACUGUGGGCUACAGAGGUCAGGGAUAAUGCUAUGUGGAAUAUAGCACCUGGUUCAGUGUGGCCUGGGGACUUACUGAUGGAGGUGACAACCUGAAAUACAGCGUGAGACUGGCUUUGUUCCUUGAAAGACAGCAGCUAGUGAUGGGGACACGGGGGACUGAGCAAGGUAAGGCACAUGGAGCUUGGACACUUAACACUCCUGAUGUGAAUUCUGCCUGGCCAAGACUAAGGUCACAUCUCUGAGGCAGGCAGAAGAGCCUUCUAUGGCUGACACCAUAUAGUAUGCUUUAAUGAGAUAAACAGAGUCAGUGCUGGAGGCUGUCAGUAUUUUUUUUCAUAAGCAUUGUAUUCAAAAUAAUAAUAAAAAGCCAAGGAAGCUUUCUAUUAUUUCGUAUAUAUUUAAAUCCCAACUGAGCCAGACUUCACAUUUCUCAUCUUUCUGCAAGUUUUUUGUUGACUCCGUUUGAAGUUUAGGACUAUGAGAAUACUAAAUCUGAAUAUAUGUUGAGUGACUUACAUGGAUUCUUGUGCGAGUAAAUAUAUUUAUACCACUACAGGAUUACUUUUAUUCUGCAAAUAAAAUGUUAUUUUUUUAUUAC